AUGACAUCGCCACCACCACCACAAACAUUCACACAAAUCCCUGUGCUACCACUCAGUGCGGCGCUCGAUGAAUCCACCAAGCCGCAGUUCCUACGCGACUUGCGCUCCGCACUGCUCAACGUGGGGUUUCUCUAUCUGUCCGAGACAGGGCUGCCAGAUCAGCUGAUCAACGAUGUAAUACGCGAGUGUGGGAAUUUCUUCGAGAAGCUACCGUUGAGCGAGAAGGAGAAGAUUGAGAUGAAGAACGAGAAGAGUUUCUUAGGCUGGUCGAGACUCGAUAAUGAGACCACUGCGUUCAACCCAGACCAUAGAGAACAACUCGAUCUCUCCACUCCGCAUCCUGUUCCAGGACCCGACGCCCCACUGUACCACAACCUUCUUGCGCCAAACCAAUGGCCAUCGCCAGAAUAUUUGCCAGCUUUCCGUCCCGUAUAUGAGGACUAUAUACGCCGCAUGUCGCACAUUUCCACACUGUUUACCUCGCUGAUUGCCGAAGCCAUCGGCUUAGCACCCGAUGCGUUUGGAAAGUUCUUCGAUCGGGACCAGCAGCACAAGCUCAAGAUAGUAAAGUACCCUGAAGUAGAUGUCCCCGAACUACCAGCGCAGGCGAGCGAAGUCGAUCGAAAGAAGUGGGAGAUUAAGCGCCAAGGCGUGGGUCCGCACAAGGAUAGCAUGCUCACCAGCUACCUCUUGCAAGCAAGCCCCCAGCUCGGACUGCAGGCACAAAACGCAAAGGGCGAGUGGAUAGACUGCGCGCCAAUCCCAGGCACGCUCGUGGUAGCGAUCGGCCAAGGCAUGGAGGCUCUAACUGAUGGCGUCUGCGCUUCAACCACGCACCGUGUCCUCAGCCCACGCAAAGGCGAAGGCGCACGGUACUCGGUCCCCUUCUUCCAAGGCGUCAGCUAUGACGCGCAAUUUGAAGGCAUGCAGGUGCCCGAAGACGUGCUGAAGCUGAGGGACGAGGCUCGCAAGAAGCGCAGAGACGACGUCGAGUUUACGUUUGUAAAAGGCAAGUGGGGACAUCUCGGCGAGGCAACAUUGAUGAACAGGAUCAAGAGCCACCCCGACGUCGGGGAGCGAUGGUAUCCACAGGAGCUGGAGCAGAUUCGGAGACAACAAGCCGCAGCGCUAUCAUGA